AUGCGGCCAGGACCCGGGCUGGUCGUGAUGGCGCUUGCGUUUAUUUCGGGGGCUCGGCGAGGCACCGGUCAACAGAGCAGCAGUGCCAGUCAGAGUGGCAAGUUGGGCAAAGUUGGAGAAGACAAUACGGGAGAAGGCGGCGCGCUAACGCGGAUCAAUCCGUGGCUUUCGGCGUGCGAUCUGGAGCAGCCCAACUCGGCACCGGAUCUCCAGGGUCAAUGUUCAGCCGGUACACUGCCUGUGGCCUGGAUAGACGAAGGUCCUGGACCACCGCGGUGUCCACCGCCAUGUGAAACAUUUCGUACACAUGCUACAUAUAAUAAUAAAAAUAGUAAUAAGCCAUACAAUAUUGAUAAUACUAAAUAUAACAUGGAGAACCGGUUAAAUGAUAAACAACAGUGCCUUGACUAUUUGGGCGAUAAUGAAGAGUUAAGUCCAGCACAAAUUUGUAAAAAAUCGUCACAAAGUAUUGAGACCAAGCUGAAAACAUUACGUUUAAGACAUUGUUGUGAACGUACCGUUGGCAGUGCUUUACACAACGCAGCCCAUGCCGACGUGCUACGCGGCGGAGCCGACUGUGCCGGGCGGCUGGCCGAGCUGCUGGAGACGGACGCGCUUGCGGCACGGAUCACAUGCGAAUUUACCGAGGUGCUGAUACGGUACGACUGCGGACAGCCGUACUCUAUCAUCCACCACUGUGAGGAUUGUAAGGAGGCAUAUCGAAGGUGGGGCUGCAGUGUUUUUAUACCGUACUUCGCGUCGAGGGACGACAUCAAAAGUGUUAACAAUAAAACCGGUAAUCGAGACAGUGACCGUGCGACCCAGGGGAAAUCGAACGCCAUCUUUGGGGACGCCGCGAACAAGCAGACUGAACCGAACAUGAACGAUGCGAACAAACAGCAACUAGUAAAAAAUAUAUCAAUCACUGUAAAAAGUUCACGCCGAAAAACGCAACGAGUACGAAUACGACCAUGUCUAAACGUAUGCCAAACCGUAGAGCAAAAGUGCCCGUACAUGCUGCCAGGCGAUCGGGCACCAGCUUAUCCAACGCAGUACGCCGGCGAACCGACGUUUCUUUGUCGAGACUUGAACAUCGAAGAAACGGGAGAACAGCUGCGUAAGUCCAACAACGGUCCAGCAAGGUGCUGCUACGACUACUGCGGCUCGAGUCCGAUCGACGGGCUAUGCACGCGAUGUGAUCCGCUGCACAACGAGACACAACACCCGGACAGUGCUGCGUUAGCGUUCAGCAGCGAGCCACCUGCGAUAUCGGCCAGCUGCCCAAGCAUCACGAGCCCAACAAGUAGUUCCAGCCUGUCCGAGCAAUGUCGAAUGUCGCAGGCUGCCAUCACCUACAUCGCGACGACCAGCCCACCCAGCACCGCCAGUACUAUCAUCACUGGAACUGGCAGCAGCUCAACCAUCAGGCCUACCAGUUCCACCACAAGCACCACUACCACCAGCAGCAGCAGAAGAAGGACCGCCGAGGACCUUGCAUCUACUACGGCCAUGGCGGUGCCGUCAGGUUGCUCAUCCACGCGAGCCCUCUCGUCUUUGCUGAGGGCACUGUGUGCUCUUGGGUCAGUGUAUCGGACGCACACGAGUGGAGCGCAGUCGUGGGUUGCCGCAGUGGCCAUGCUGACUGUUGGGACCGAGCUCAUCGCCUGGACGAAGCAGUUGGUGCAUCUGCUCGUGGUGUUAUAGCUCACGGUGUGGGCGGCUUCUAGCACAGCCCGCUCACCAACGGGGCGUACCAGCAACGCCUACAGCUGUCGAAACCGUCUCAGACACCAGUCAAGUAGCGAAUCAUACCGGUAGAACCCGACGUGCGACCAACGUACAGCGUGAAGCUUGCGGGCGCUCGAGCGAUGGGUAAGAAUUGAACAUAACCGAAAAGCACGUUGAAACGAUACCAGCUGACGGUAGCGUGCAUCUAAGCUCGAAGCAUCUUGAGAAGAAAGAGCAAAUAGGAAGGCUGCAAGGCAACAGGGCCGUAUUGCAGCAGUAGUGGAAAUCGAGUAACGAUUUAAACUAAAGAAAAAAUCACACCCCACACACUCAAACAUCACCGGAGCAGAUGUGUUCCAGUGGCUUGGUAAAGCCAAAAACAAAACGUAAAACAAAACUUACGAAACACAAUGAACAAAAAAUGCAAAGAAGAAACGAAAAGCACAUACACUCAACAAACCAACAGCGAUAAGCAAACGAGAAAAGUAGAACAAAAGGAGAAAAAAAUGUCCCCAUUCAGAAAGCACCCGAAAUCAUUCACGAAAGUGUAGCGCAAUAACGAUGCAAACAAUUUAAUAAACUAACGAGUGUAGCAAAAGACGCCAACAAAACAAGCAUCCAAUAGCGAAAACUAAACGAAUAAAACCACAAAGCGGCAAAGGGUGGCAGGGACGCUCGGAAGGCCAUUGAAAAAGGCCGUAAUAUUUACUCCCCGACAGAUAUUCGUGACGAAACCGAGGCUUACCAAAUAAGCAAUUCACAAAACGGGGCAGGAAAUCGAGCGAGCUAUGAAAAGCUGAAGCACGAAACAAGGACGAACGGACUACGCCCGGGAUGACCCCCGUAGGCGAUCCGUUCCGGUUCGGAGGUAGUUUUGGAAGCGAGUUGGAAAAGAAAACAUACGCGUAUACAAUAAUGCUACACAGCGGAAACGAAAACCACAGUAUUGAAGCGACAGAGCAGUAAAAACAAAACCAAACAAACAAACAAAACAAGAAAAUCACAAACAUGACAACUGAUCGACAAUUUAGGUGAAAUAUUAAAUUUAACAUAUUGCAUAAGGUUUAGAGAAGAAGAAAUAAGAAUGUUAAACAUAGGCAUAGGCACACAUACAUAAUGAACCCACAAUUUAUUGGCCCACCAGGACUUGGUCGAGGAGUGCGUGGCAUGGGUUUUGGUUACAGAAUAUCGACACUAGGAAGUAAUAAAGAAAAUCACCCUUUUCACUCACUUUCUCACACACACACACACCUUUACACACAUCCAUACACACGCGCGCACGUAAAUCGUCGUGGAAAUUAACAAUAACACACACACCCACACUCGUACACAGAGGAAAUAAUGGAAAUCCCGCGAAUUGUAGGCGCCCGCUGGGCGUUUGGAAACGCUCGAAGUGCGCCACCUAACAGUCGUUCGGGCUAAGUAAUUGUAAUCACCUCCGGCGGGGGUUGAGGGUUUGGGUUUUGUUUUUUGUAAUAAGAAACCAGAAGAAUAGUGGCACUACACGAACGAAAUGUUUUUGGGGAAACAGAGGUGUUAGUUUUGUUCGCUGUCUGACGCGAGAAGUUGUUGGGUUUUUUUUUUUGGUGCACCGUCUAGCGUUUUGCGUUGAGCUGUUUUUUCGCACACUGGCUGUUCCCGUUGGCCCGGUGAGCGGGAAGAGCUGGGUCGCGCGCGGGUGUUAGAAAGUAGCCAGAAAAAUAAGAAAAAGUUCCGAAUGGAAAGAAGGAACGCCUGUAGGGCAGGAAGCGAUAGUGAACACGGGAAGCUCGCCAGAACACAUGUAACAAACGCUACUACUACGUAAGACGACCUACCGCAGGAAUAUGAGAUGUAAUCUAGUUUUUAUUCAAUCUUCCACUAGCGGAACCUCACUCAAUGCUACAUAGCGCAUCAUACACACACCCCUCCAACACAUAUUCAUAACAAAAAAAGAGGAGGAGGAAGAUGAAAAACUACACAUACCUUCAUUACAAUAUAUUAUCUCUUUAACCUCUACUAGCAAUGAGUCGUUGAAAAAAAACACAAAAUGAAACUUAAAAACCGCGUUUUAGGGAGCCGCAGGAGCAGCAUUGUCGUGCGUGCGAAAGAAUAACACCAGCAACAGGUGGAGUGCAGGAGAAAAAAAAAGCAUUGGUGGCCGAUGCUGGCAGGGUAGUUAAAAACAUUAACAAAAAAGCAAGCAAAACGCCACGACGAACAAUGUAUAAAGGAGAAAAAAAAAAGCACGAUGGAAAACACAUUACCAACCCACGCAUACACCAACUCACCACGUCUGGUUGGUGAUGACCUCUAGGAGAUGAAAUUGAGAGAGAAAAAGAGAAAAACACAUACUAUCGGUUGAACCUGUCGAAGGGCAAUAAGUGCCCAAAACGUAGCGAAUGAAACCCCGUGCCCCCGAGUUUGCGGCACCGAAGGCGAGUAAAGGGAAAAAAACAGAAACACACACACACACAUAACCAACUGCGGUAAAAUUGCCAAACUGUGCGUAGCGCGGGAAACUCUUUAUAGAUAUACUAAGUCACCACUAUUAUAAUUAGUCCGUCAAUUUUUACAACAAUUGUUGUUAGUUAAUGAGUAUAAAAGCAAACGACUGUCGGGUGUGUUUGCCGGCGGUGGAGAACUGAGCGUGUCGAGAGAAGCCGAAAGGGACACAGACAAAGGCAGGGGGAGCUAGAAAGCGUGAGAGAGACUGGGAAACAGGCGUGGCAGAGGGAGAUACCAAAAGGAAAUUCCAAGGCUCAGCAACAGACCAGUGAUGGGCUGGGAAACUGUUUCCAAACUCAAUAAAGAAAAACAACGACGUAAACCGGUAAACUAGUACGCACCAAAUGCACUAGCGGGAAUUAGAGAAGCAGUCUACAGAAAACACCACUGCAGGAGCUACCGGACAAGCUACACUCAUUGCUGCAUUGGAAGAACCGUGCGUAGAAUUUAGACAUUUUAAAAUUGAACUAUGCUUAUAAGGACAUCGCUUUGAGCUGAUGAAAUCAGAAAUCCCUGUGCAUGGUCAUCCUUAAUUCUGGACUGGCAGGAAGAAAGCAUGCCCCAUACGUUCUGCUAAAAUUUCGUUCUCUCUCUCUCUCACUCUCUCUCACUCUCUACGCUAUUUCCCUGCUCUGGGUCUCUUCCAUCUCGCUCGCUUUCUCCUUCCAUCUCCUGCUCUCUGUUUGUAUAAAGCUUUUACCAGCUUUCCCAGCUCCAUCCUCUGGAGGACGACGGAUGUGCCUCGGGGUGCCACGAAGAGUGGAAGGAGACGUCUGAAUAAGAAACACGGAACCCAUAAUAAGCCCAGCAUCACACGUGCGGCAGAAAGGGCGAGCCAAGCACCAGGCGCAGAACGGAGGCGAAGCAAACGAAAACCCAAAACUGUUAAUGUUCGAAGAGAUACUUUUAACGUUUAUCCGAAAGAAACGGUAGAGCAAGACAAAGGGUCAACAGUGCGGGGCAUGAGCGCCACCGAAACGUGGCCGCAAAAAUAUGAAACAAAAAAAAGAAAGAAUAAACAGGCAACAAAUUCUCUGAAAAAAAAUUAUAAUCAAUAGUUGUUAAUAUAAAUGUGAGAUGUAGAGAAUAAUUAAAAGAGCAAGAAGAAAAACGAGUCUAAAAAUAAAACACACAAAAAAAGAAACCAAUACAAAACCCCAAAAAAAAGAAACAGCCAGCCAGCAGAACUAGAAACUGGAAGGCGAAUGACCGAGCCGCCGAUCAGAACCAGGUCCCAAAAAAGGACAUUUGGCUGGGGUUGUUGCGAGGGAUCUAGGGCGACCGGGAACCGUGGGACCGGGUGAGUUAUCAGAAACUGACGAAAAAAAAGGAAACAAACGUUUAACAUGCCAGAAAACAAUAAAAAUUACUGCUGAAACAUUAAGGGAACGAAUAUUAGCUAACAAGGUGGCCGCGAAGGCGCAAAAUAGUAGAAACAGAAAUUGUGGUAGCAACAUACCGCGGCAGCGAGACCGGGCAGGAGAAAUUAAAUCGUUCGUAAGCAAACAAAAGUGAAUUAAACUACGAAUUAAUUACAAGCGUCUUCAGGAAUGAAUAAAUCGUUGAAUUUAAACAUGUCGCGUGUGGAGGGUGUUCGCAGGGUGUAGGUUUCGCGAAAGGUAAAUAGAGGAAGCACCAAGAAGAGCAAGCAGCAGAGAAGAGUACGAAAAAGAACACAAAACUUCUUUCUCAAAACCCCACCCACUCGGCGGCACACUCAUACAUUGGCCACACUGCGACAAAAGAAAACCCGUAAAAAGCAUACCGUAAGACAAGAGUAUUAUAAUGGUAGCAAAAACGUGUACGUGUUGACAAAUCGAAGCCAAUAAAUACUCCGUGGCGUUGAAGUGUCGGCGCCGCUGCAGCAGCAGAAGAUAACAAAAUUACUAUAAUACCGGAAAAAUAGUCGGAGUACGCUAUCAUUGAUGGUGACGUUUAGGUAGCGUUAGUAGCAUAGCGCGCGUGUGUGUGUGCCAGGUUGAACGGGGCGAAAUGUGCGUCUAGUGCGCGAAAAUUGCGACCUUAGCAAGAAAAUCCCACCCGAAUCGUUAGUAAUCUCAAACUCACACGCAGCACGACACACCGCACACACAUACAGACGAAAUCGUACGCUGGACACACAAUCAAGCCCACAAACACACAAGCGAAUCCUUUACCCUUUGCCAAAAUGCGUGCCCCUACGUCAGGAUAUUUCACAAUUGAUAUUUGUCGAACUGGUAUUGGAAAUGACAGAAAAAGAACGCAUGUGAAAAAAAGGGAGCUGAGUGAGGGAGUGAGUGAGUGUGAGAGAGAGAGAGAAAAAUGUUUAAGGAUAAAUAUAAUAAGCGCAUUUUUCAUUUCGUAAGCCCACUUAACUUUUUAUCGUGGAUUACUUAGGCGAGGAGCAAACACUGCAAUAGCGAUUGGGCAAGCCCUUUCCUUUAGCUCAGGACGAAAUAGGCCGUUGCUGGUCGAUUCUGUACAAAUUUGAGCUUGUCAAAUAGUGCAGUUAGACGUAAUUGCAACAACUUGGUGCAACAUUGAUCAUUCCAUCCGUAAAAUUCCUCUGAUUCUGUCGCUCUUUCUCUCUCACAUUUUCCGUUUCCUUACACGCGAACCAGCAAAUGUUUGUACAGUAGACGAUGUAGCAAUUGUUUCCGCAACAUGUAUAACCACAGCCAAGCGUUCUGUUAUGGAUAAAUAAAUCGAAACACCCAAACUCAAGCAACAAACAAACAAAUGCACACUCCAGCGGGUUUACCCAUUUUCCGAGAACUCUCACAGCGUUAUGGAGGGUGGGUUUUCCGGAAGCAUGGAGUUCGGAAGGAAAACCCCGAGUACACACAGACACGUAGUAGCGUUUGCACCACGCUGCCAAUAGUUUGCAAACCGAUCGCACCAGAUCUGAAAGUUUAUGCGUUUUUUGGGUGGCAUUUUCGUUGACCUAUCGAUUGAUGGGAAAGCGUUUGUUUUUUGGCACAGUUUUGAUUUGUUUGUUGGCCUUAUUCGGGAGAUAGAGUCCAAGAGAGACAAAAAAAGUGAAGGAAAAACAGAGAAUCAAAGGCACUGUUACGUUUACAGACGGAACUCGAACUCAAAUCUCAUACCCAUCCCAUACGGAGAUGCCCACCCUUUUUUGAUGGUUGCUCGUGUGAAAUGUAAAGUGGUUCCACAGCAAUGGCUUCAACUGCCUUUUCUCAACCCCGGUGGUAGCACACCCACUAUCACUCUUCCUACAGACAUUACGAUGCAACAAAAGCAACAACAAAAACAAAAAGUAAUAAGCAAAAAAAAAAAACAAACAUCAACAACAAACCAAACAACAGGUAACGAAACAUCAAAUAGUGUAGUAGUCAAUCGAUUCAGCGUAAGGACGAUCGGUAUUCGGACGGUCGGUGCAUAAUUAGAUAAUUACAUCGUACACGCAACCUGGACGCGGCUCAACCCGUUCGAACGGUCGGAAGCAACAAAGUGUGUUUGAAAAUUCGGACGGGUAGUGCUGGAAAACAUACACUCACAUUUACACACCCUUAAGGCAACAAAUUACGAGAGUAUCAUUUAGCGUAAGCGUCUUUCGCUUUCGCGAGAGGACUCGUGUGCAAAUGAAUGGAAAUAUUACAUGCGUACGGUGAGAUAGGUAAAUACACAAAGUCACAUACAACCACACACACACACACUCCAGCGCAAGAAAUCGUACCGUAGUGGCAAACAAUACAGUUACUGAAAUUUAAAGGCAAAACCGAAAUGGUUAAGUAAAACUUAGAUACAAACCGGAAAACCAAGCUGGUAACGAACAAGUAAACAAUUGUUAAGGAAAGUUAUCUAUUUCUACUUCAAAGCAAACAAACAAACCAACCAAAAAAAAGUGUAGAAACCAUUGAACGGAUAGCGGUGGGGUGAAAAUGGAAUGGAAGAAAUGUGCGGCAGAAGAGCAGACUAGAAACAAAUCGUCGAAUAAGAAACGAAAAACCACAAAACAUACUAUAGAAAUAAUGAAGAAAAAACACAACAACACACAUACAAACACACACACAUAAACACAACCGAGGCUCGUUAAUCGUGUAUGGUAACACCAGCAACAAACAAGAAAAAGGUUAAACAACAAAAAAUAUGAAGAAAAAAAAACAUUAGCAGACAGUCAGCAGCAUUGGUAGCGAGUAAGCAAAGAGAGCAACGUCGCCUCAGGCAUAAGCCUUAAGGAGGCGAUAACGAGGUGUAAAGAGAGAAAUUAAUAACAUUUAAAAAGACGUUCAGCAAGGCACAUAUGCGUGAAGAUGCGUAAGCGACAAAGAAGAGAGAUCGAAAGAGCACGCGCGAGCAGUAAAUUAAAACAAAAAAAAAACAGAGAAAACAAAACAAAGCAAAAAAUACCAACCGUUGAAUAGUCCGUUGAAUUGUAAGUGUUAGAGACUGCUUGCGAAGAUGUUCUGAUUACUUGAUCGUUUAUGGGUUCAUGUCGCACGUGUCCGGGCGCCGGUGUUCAGGGCUGGCGAACGCCACCCAGCUUGCCAUCCUUUUUCGUUGGCGGUAGGGGUUUGGUGGGCUAACCUGCGGAGCUGGCCCGCCAUGUUUGUGAACAAGAGCGCGCGCGAGAAGAAGAAGUUGCGAUACGAUAUUGAUGUUCUUGUUUCACUGUGUUAGCUUUUUUGGGUACAUAGGUUCCACCAUUCUUCCGUUGAUAGUCUGCCAACCGGUACGUGUCCCUCAGGAUCGUGCAAGGGAGGCAUUGAUAGUGAUCCAGGAAACGAACGAAAUGAAUAAUAAUUAACGUUAGCAAGCAAAGGGGAGCUCGCACUGGGCCAUCCUUUGCCCCCCACAGCCUCGUUGGCCGCCUCGUGGGGACAGGGAUUCGAGUUAACGAUGAGCGGAUUGGGAGUUGAAAUAUAGGCCGAGGAAAACAAGAACCAUGCGGCCGCACUUACCUGGCCGCGUACACCACAGGACACGCCAACAUACACACACACGCAUACACACACACACCAACUGUUGUACACGUACGGCAGCACAUUGUUAUACACCGGGUCUGGUGGACGCGGUUGCGACGAGUGCACGCUCUAGGAAAACAUCAAAUGUUAUGGCCUUACGAAGGCACGCGCACUUGUAGUAAAUAAAAUGGACGAUUAAAGGACAGCAAUCGUACACCACCGCCAUUAAUCGCCUAGUUCACGUUCCGACCCGUCGUUAUCCUCCCAUCGUUUUCGUUUACCAUUGCACGAUCGUUAACGCGCGGUUGCGAUCGUCGAGCUUUUGGUUCUAAAGCUCCUUCCAAAGCUCGCUCCCCUCAAAUGUGCACUGAUUAUCUAAGAUCCUGAAAACGUCCACACACGUGGUCUGCCGAUCGGUCUCGCUCUGAUCAACCAGCAUACUCCCAAACGACCGGCCAGGAGUUGCCAAACUACUACGGCACCGCGAUUUUUUGUAUAUAAUUUGGCGCUUUGCAAACUCACCCCCUCCAACACGCUGUUCACGAGUUAGUGGCAAACGGUUUAUUGAAUAAAAAAGUAAUAAAUAGAACAAAUCAUAACAAUGUUGAAAAAAAAAAACAAGAAAAGAGAGAAAGAAUCGAAGAUGAAAGUGAAGAAUAACAAUGCUGAAACAACAAAAAACAACACAAACACAC